AUGAAGGCUGGCAUAUCUCCUAAUUGCUCGUAUGUUUGGAGGUCGAUAUGUUGGGGACGAGAAUUGUUGGCAGGGGGCCUUCGGUGGAAUGUUGGUGAUGGGAAUCUGAUAUCGGUUAUGCACGACAAAUGGAUUCCGGGAUGUGGGGCUUGGAAAGCAGAGGAAAAUGAGUCUGUUAGUGAGAACCUGAUGGUCUCGGAGUUACUGACGGAUGACAAAAAAUGGGACGUUGCUAGAUUGCAAACUCUUUUCCCACAUUUUGUUGUGAAGCUACCGCCGAAGGUUUUACAUUUCGCAUGGAGAGCUCUCCAUGAUAUGAUUGCUAUUAGUGAAAAUAUGAGAUGCCACCACGUUCCAACGACCCAUAUCUGCUAUUGGUGCGGGAAAGUGAGGGGAACGACCACUCACGGUCUGAUCUGGUGUGAUCUAGUGCGCGAAGAAUGGAAGACGACGAAAUUCUGGGCUGAUAUUUGUAAUUUUAAAAAUCUCCGGCUGAUGGAUUUGUGUCUCUUGAUCAAGGACAAGCGUGGUGAGGAAGGGGUUGAAAAAUGGUUCUUUCUUCUGUGGAUGACAUGGAAAUUCCUUUGUGAGGUGAAGUAUGGUAAAAAUGAGAAGUGGGAGAGGCUGAACCUCGAUUUUGGACAGAGCAUGUUUACCUCCUAUCAUUCGGCCCGACAACAGGUGUUGGUCGAGGCUCAACUUCUGCCGAAAGAGGGGGCCCGGAACUGGUACCCACCUCCAAAAGAAAUGCUCCGUGUUGACGUGGAUGUUGCAUUCCGGGAGGACGGGCUGACGUCUGGAAUGGGGUUCGUUGUCCGGAACUUUCAGGGCAAGAUCAUCUUUGCUGGAUGCCAAACAAUCGGCUGUACUGCUACUGUCCUCAUGGGUGAGCUUCAUGCUCUUAUGCUCGCCGUGGGACAUUGCUUGGAAAACGACACCAGUCCAAUUGUUGUGUUUACCGAUUCUUUGCUUGCUACUCAUGUUCUGUCGGAUUGA